CAUAUGAAAAAGCCAUUUGGCUGUCACUCCAUUAUAACCUCCCCCGGCUCUCACACUGAUAAGUGCUCCAGGUGAGCUGCGCAACUGCCGCUAUGUCUGAUACAGAAGAACUGGAUUAUGAAGAGCAGCAAGAAGAACAAGAAGAGGAAGCUGCUGCAGAAGAGGAAGAGCCAGAAGAGGAAGUAACAGAGGAACCUGCCCCUGAGGAGGUACCAGUAACAGAGGAACCUGCCCCUGAGGAGGUACCAGUAACAGAAGAACCUGCCCCUGAGGAGGUCCCAGAGGAACCUGCAGAAGAAGCCACAGAAGAGGAGUUUGGAGAACACAUAGAGGAAGAGGAGGAGCGCCCAAGGCCAAGACCGACGAUACCACAACUUGCCCCUCCUAAAAUCCCUGAAGGAGAGAGGGUUGAUUUUGAUGACAUCCAUAGGAAACGAAUGGAAAAGGAUCUUCUGGAGCUUCAGACACUGAUCGAUGUACACUUUGAACAACGUAAGAAGGAAGAAGAAGAAUUAAUUGGACUAAAGGAUAGAAUAGAGCGUCGCAGAGCUGAACGAGCAGAACAACAGCGCUUCAGGACAGAGAAAGAGCGUGAAAGACAAACAAGGAUGGCUGAGGACAAAAUAAGGAAAGAGGAAGAAGAGGCUAAAAAAAGAGCAGACGAUGAUGCCAAGAAGAAAAAAGUUCUGUCCAAUAUGGGAGCCCACUUUGGAGGAUAUCUUGCAAAGGCAGAGCAGAAAAGAGGGAAAAAACAGACAGGGCGUGAAACGAAGAGGAAGGUACUAGCUGACAGACGCAAACCUCUGAGCACUGAGUACAUGAAUGAAAGCCAGCUAAGGGAGAAAGCCAAAGAACUUACAGACUGGAUGUAUGAGUUGGAGUCACAGAAGUUUGACUUGAUCGAAAAACUCAAAACACAAAAAUAUGAGAUUAAUGUGCUCUAUAACCGCAUCAGUCAUGCACAGAAAUUCAAAAAGGGAGCGGGAAAAGGACGUGUUGGUGGCCGCUGGAAAUAAGAUUCAGUACAAUUUCUAUUACAUUAGACCCUUAUCUUCUGCACUCCAAUUAUCCUAACGUAUUGCUAUUAGGUUUGAAAUGUGCCUGUGUAUGCCCUCCUCAUGCCCCCCCCUGCACUGACUGUAACUAACAAAUGGAACUGCCCAUUCAUUGCUCUUUAAUUCAUUGUUGUGUAAGUUGAAUCCAAAUGCAAACAUUGGCCUUGUUAAAUAAAAAAGUAAUUUUGAAAA